AUGCUUGUUGACGAGAUUAAUUAACGACCUGAACCUUCAGAUAAACAAAUCCACUUGCCAAAUCUCGCCAGCGUCUAAUUACUCUACACUGCACACUCGACAGACAGCCAUUAAACAUCUACAUCGCUAGCGCAAAUUUCACAUUUGCGCAACGUAACAAAAUUCGCAGCGCUGCCUCUGUUUGUUCUCAUCCGGCUAAGUCCCUAAAAAGCGAUCGUGGUGACACCCCCACCCUCUGUCUCACUCGCACUCGCCUCAAAAGCGACACAACGUGACAUACACGCUUUUGCCACCAGACGGCCGAAGCGCCGGCCGUUAGCGCGCGAUACUCGGCCCUACUCUAUUUAGAUUUAAAGCUAGCGCCGAAUCGCGCGACACAUUAGAGGACAUUUGAAUGUUACACGCGAAACGUCCUAACUCCCAACUAGCGCAACUCAAAAUAAACCAUAAUACUUUAGCAUAGAGAUCAAAUUGGGUUGUAUAUAGAAAAUGUGAUGUAAAGACACAGUUUUCAAAUGUCACGUACUAGUCGUCUCUUUUCUCCGGAGUCCUGUCGCAUCGCAUCUGCUCCUUUGGCAUCCUUCAGCAUGCGUGUCCCCCCGCGAUCUUGCGUCCCGCUCUGCGGCCGCUGAAGCCCAGUGUCCGGUCGCUCUGGCUGACAGGCGGUCGUGUGUCGAAUAUAUACGUGUGUAAGGAUUAGUUGUGAUGAACGGUGAAGUGACGCUGUGUGCAAUUUAUGUUUGUUUGUGAUUGUAAGAAGCAUUCAUGAUUCAGGAAUCUCAGUCGAGCAGUGCGGAGCGAUGGAGCGGCCGUCCCGAGCACAACAUCGCCCUGCAACAGAUCCUCAAGCUGCAAGAGGCCCGUGCGCUCCACAAGACUUCCCUCCUCCCCAUCUACAAGAAGAACGGCCUCCCAUCGCCACCAGCUAGCCAACACUAUGAACAAAUGAAAGACAAGGACUACUCAGACUCCAGAGCCAUGGAACAAGUCAAAAUAGAAGCGGAGUUCAGAAAACUGAUGGAGCAUUCCGCUAAAAGUGUUCACGAUGAAGACUCAUUGAAGUACUUCCAGCAAAUGAUGGAAGCUAAGCAACGAUUCGAAUACUUGAAAAAUAUUCACGAGAAAGAAAGAAGGAAGUAUGAAGAGAAGCAUUUAGAAGUUAAGAGAGAGACACUAUCACCUAGCGAGAGUAGGUCUACCCCGCAAAACCACUCGCCGCUACCUAGAGCGUCGUCUGCUGAAAUGUCGCCUAAUCACAGUGUCCAUCUUUCUACCUCAUCCAGUCCACUCUCUAACCCUAGUCCUAGAAAUUCUUCCCCUUUAAGCCAUUUACAAAACAUGCAGCCUUUCGACUUUCGAAAGCAAAAGGCUAAUGACAAAGAAGAUACCAGAAAACUUGGAUUCGAUAUGGGAUCAGCCGAGAAGGCGUCUGUAGAUAUGAUGACAAAUCAGUUCUUCAACUUCCAGCUGCCUGCCAAUCUGCCUAUGCCACCUAUGACAAUGCCGUCAAGUUUUAGUCAUCCUGCCGCUGUCGUUGCUGCUCUUAGUCAAAACCCUAUGGGCUUGGCAUCUUUACAAGCUCUUCUUCCACACAUGUCAACAAAACCGGUCGAAUCUUCAGAGAAGGAGUCAAACCAUGCUGCAGGCAAAAGCAGCCCAGACGGUGCGAGAUCAGAAGAUGAAAAUGUACUGAAUCUAAGUAAAGAUGCUUACGGAGAAGCAGCACAGAACUCAAGAAAUAUGAUGAUAGGCAAAUGUAUAAGUCCGCCGAAAAGACAAUGGGGUGCAUCACAGAUUCCUUUGAAUUUGGGAACACAUUUCAUCAACCCCACAACUGGCAAGAAACGUGUUCAGUGUAACGUUUGCUUGAAAACAUUUUGUGAUAAAGGUGCUUUAAAGAUCCACUUCUCUGCAGUCCAUCUACGAGAAAUGCACAAAUGCACUGUUGAAGGCUGCAGUAUGAUGUUUAGUUCCCGAAGAUCGAGGAACCGACAUAGUGCGAAUCCCAAUCCGAAGCUACACUCUCCACAUUUAAGAAGAAAAAUUUCUCCACAUGAUGGCAGAAGUUCACAAAUCCAUCCAGUUUUAUUAUCGCCCCAUAGCGCAGGGCUAGGUAUGCCAUCUGUUAUGAACCCGAUGCAUCCAUUUGGCUCCUACCCAUUGCUCAACCAUCCCGCAAAUAUGAGACAGUUUGCUAAUCUUCCUAUGGAAUAUAAGAACAAUCCCAAUAUGAACUUUGGUCACCUAGAUCAAAGAAAUCUAAUGCGAAGAGAUUAUGAUUCAGCAGAAAACAAAGAUCAAGAUGGUCAAGGUGAAUCUGACGAGGACGACGGCAUAGUUGUAGUAGCAGGUGAUGACGACGACGAAGAUGGUGACCAUAUGGAUACCAGUGACUACUAUUCUAAUAUUAACAAAUCGACUGGUUCUGUAGAGGAUUCAGAGACUGAUUAUGAUCAAAGAAGCGUCGGAGAAACCAAUGAUGGCCAUGAAAGGACGAAAGAAACUGCUAGCCCAGAAAUAUCUAAGAGAAAAAGGAAAAACUUAAACCCGACUCGGCUCCAUAAUGACAUCUCAGAACAUAAAAACAGUCAGCUAUCUGGUGAUCGUCCACAAGAAGAUGUACUUGAUUUGAAGCGAGUUAAAACAGAAGACAGCUCAAAUAAUGAUGUAAAUCAUCAAAAGCAAAGAUCAGAAGAGGUGACAAUCAAAUCAGAGCCCUCUUUGUGCAAAGAAGAACCAUCUGAAAUUGACUUCAAUGCUCAAGAUUUACGUGUCAAAGAAGAAUCUAGUGAUAAAUUAGCAAACGAAAAAACGACUGACAAGGUUCCUGAAAGCGAUCAAUUCUCAUCUGAAAAUGCUCUAAAAAGGCUGGAAAGUCUUUCAAAAGGUGAUUUCCAUAGCUUGGCGAAACGAAAUGAGAAUCAUAGCUCGAAUGGCCCAUACAAUUUGUCUAUGAAUGAAUCUAUCGAUUACUCCGAUCGAUCACCAUCGUCGUCAGUCUCUAGCUACGAUUGCACACCCGAAGAUAUUCAAGGACAAAUAUUCGGGCACUUCGAGAAAGGGUUCUUCAUAAGCUCAACUGACAUCCCCCUAGAACCAGAAAAUCCACGAAAAUGCAUUGUCUGCGGCAAAAUGUUUCCGAAUGUCUAUGUUGUUAAGACUCACUACCAGAACUCUCAUUUGAAAGUCAUGCAUAAAUGCAGCGUUGAAGGUUGCAGAGCGUGUUUCCCAGCUAAAAGAAGUCGAGAUCGUCACAGCUCCAAUGUACAACUCCAUCGAAAACUAUUGAGCACAGACGCGUUAAGGAUCAGAGAUGAAUCACCAUUAAGAACUUUAGAAAAAACAAGAGAGCAAAUUGACCUAAUAGCCAAAUAUUCAGACGAAGAACCCGGCGUUCCAUACAUCGAAUCCCACAAAUAUUACCACGCUAAAGAAUCGGACAAGUUAAAGACUCACUUUAAUCACCACAUGCCUUUUGGCGCACCGUACCCACCUCUACAAUUGCCCGAAGCGUAUCUAAACAAUCGAGACAUGUUUUCUCAGCACCCUUUCCUAUUCACACCAUUUGGCAUGUUGCCAAAUUUCCCUCCAAUUCCUUUGGGUUUCCUGCCUCCUAGCUUGAAUGGCUUCGGUCCGCAGAAUUUUUCCCCUCCACUAAUGGGGAAGUUAAACUAUUGCGUUGAAGACGAGGCGCCACGACCAAACAAAGAUGGAUGCUAUCCAUGUCGGGGUUGCAGAGAGUCGUUCAAAGACUUGUCCAGUUUAAAAGCGCAUUGUGAGAGCGUCCACGCGCAAUCGCUGCAUCGGUGUUCCGUGAGCGGCUGCAAUGCUGCGUUCUUCUCAAGGACUAAAAGGAACUGCCACAGUGAGUCCCACCUCCGAGUGCAGAACGGUCGAGGUAUCCAUGUGAAUACAUCGUGACGCGAUUAGAUAUCAGUUCUAUCGACUGGUUAAUAAAGUCGAAUCUCCAGUGCAUUUGUGAUUUUUUAUAGAAUUACCAAAUAGUAAAUAACGGUCUAAGUUUAGUUGUGUAGUUAGGAUGGUGAAUGCCAGUACCUUUUAAUUCUCAUUCAAUCUUCGAAUGUAAAGCUUUAUCACUCUUACCUUCAUUACCCACUCAAAAAAACGUGAAUAAAAUGUAUGAUAAUUAGCUAUAAAUUAGUUUAGAGGUAAUUUAAAUGUAAACAUUCCAUAGUAAUAAUUGUGCAAUAAUUCAUGUAAAUAGCUGAAAUAAUUGUAAUAAAUGUAUAAAAUUGUGGCUGUUACUCGUAAGUUUAAAAUUAAUUGUAAAAUAUAAGGUACAAAUAUAAGACUUCGUGAUUUUAUCAGAUCUUCUUACAUUAUUGUGUUUGUACACCAUAUCAAUCAGAAUUAUCUUAUUAUAUAUUUUAAUGGUGCUAAAUAAUACUCAUGUAAUAUUACAUUGACAAUGUUCAGUCACUGGUUUAUUAAACCACCGUUGAGAUCCAAAAAUACUUAAUUUUAAGAGUCUAUCUGAUCAUGUUGUGAUG